AUGCUUCUUCUGGAUUAUCAAAACGUGCUGAUUCAGUCAGUCCUGACUGAGAGGUUUUCUGGAGCCCCUCCCGCUUCCAUUGACCAGACGGUCAGCGACUUCGACGGCGUUACCUUCCAUAUCUCAACCCCCGAGACCAAGACUCAGGUCCUCCUUUCUAUCCAAAUACGAUGCUUCCCCGAUCUCGUCAAGUACGGAGCUGAAGAGGUCCUCCAGCGGGAGUACGGCGACUAUGUGACAGCUGUCGAGCCCGGCUACGACUUCUCUGUUCUGGUUGACCUGGAGAACCUCCCCGAGUCGAAGGAAGAACGUAACGAGCUGGCUCUCAAGUUCGCUCUCCUGAAACGCAAUGCCAUGGCCGCCCCAUUCGAGCAAGCCUACAAGGAGCACUAUGCACUGAAGGAGGAGGCUUCCAAGUUCACUUCCGAAGACGCUCCCCAAGGAAUCCGAGAGGGAGGUGAGGUUAAGGCGAUCCACUACCGAGAGGAGGAGGCCAUCUACGUCAAAGCCAGCCACGACCGAGUUACCGUCAUCUUCAGCACUGUCUUCCGUGAAGAGACCGACCGUGUAUUUGGAAAGGUGUUUAUUCAGGAGUUUGUCGAUGCUCGAAGGAGAGCCAUUCAGAACGCUCCCCAAGUGUUGUUCAGAAACGAUGCUCCCCUUGAACUGCAGGGUGUCCCAGGAAUCCAGAACACUGGAUCUGGAGAUAUUGGCUACGUGACUUUCGUUCUCUUCCCCAGACAUCUGACUCCUCAGCGCAUGACCGAUGUUAUUUCUCAUAUUCAGACUUUCCGUGAUUACUUCCAUUACCAUAUUAAGGCCUCAAAAGCUUAUAUCCACUCUCGUAUGCGAAAGCGAACUGCCGACUUCCUCCAAGUGCUGCGCCGUGCCAGGCCCGAGAACGAAGAGAAGGAGAGAAAGACUGCCAGCGGCAGAACUUUCAAGGUGCAAGGAAACUAG